CCAUCAGUUCGCUUAGCAUGACGGGACUAGUGCUUAGUCUCUCUCUCCCCGGACACAUGGUACAGACUUUCGCUUCUUCGACUAAGAUACCGAAAUGGACCCAAUCUUACAUCCUUUAACACUAUGGGCUCAGAGAAAGGAUAAAAUACUGCUAACAAUAUCUUUAGUAGAUUGCAAAGAUCCUCAAAUUGAACUCACCGAAAAAAACCUCACAUUCAGAUGUCAUGGUGGAGCAGAGAAUAAGGAAUAUGUUCUGGAAUUGGAAUUUUUUAAAGAAAUUGUCCCACAGGAAUCAACUAGACACAAAACUUCCAGAGAAAUAACAUUCACUAUCAAGAAAAAAGAAGAAGGACCAUAUUGGACAAGUCUUCUGAAAUCUGGACUAAAGAAUCAACCUCAUUACAUAAAGACAGACUUUAGUAAGUGGAAGGAUGAAGAUGAUUCAGACGAAGACAAAGAAAUGGGAGAUGAGGCCAACUUUGAAGAUAUGGUCGCUAAGAUGGGUGGUGCUGGAGUUGGAGGAGAGGAUCCAGGAGUUGUGGAUUCAGAUGACAGUGACGAUGAAGGGCUGCCAGAUUUGGAGGGAUGACCAAGUUCUAAUGAUACACUUAAAAAACUAGGAACUGUAACAACUUUCAAUGUUUAAAAUUUGUCUCUUUAACGUUGCAAUGAAGCAAUACAGGAUUUACAUCUUAUACAGUGUACUGAACCAAGCCCCUGUAUGCUUUAGUAUACAGUGUACCAAACCAAGCCCCUGUAUGCUUUGAUAGCAGUCACUGCAUUUUCUUAGUUCUCCCUGUAGUUUAUGCUAUUGCAUAAAUGAUUUGCCACUCUUUCAGUAUUUUUACCAUUCAAGAGAACAAGGUUUUAUUGUCAUACUAUUGUAGGGAGGCUGAAGUACAGGCUUAAGGUCAAAUAAAGUUGCCAUGUUUGA